AUGACUUGGUUUACCGGUGCCCGAAACACGUCUGAUAAGGGCUGGCAUUUUGAUGCGGUCAGUCUCUUGGCCGUAAUUGGGGAGUCUAUUAUAGAGAGGCAGAAACGUCUUAUAGUGGCAUCACCAUUCAGUGUCCUUCCUCAACUUUUACCGGCGCCACAAGCCAUCUUGAACACGGGUUCGACAACCCAGCUGCCACUGUUCGAGAAUGUGUCUGUUACUAGUAAUCAAUUGGGUUACUUCGCUGGCCUUAUUCAUCUGGUCGACGAAGUGGAACCAUUUGAACUUCGCGUUUAUUGCAUUCGUCACUCGGAACGCUACUACACUAAAGCCAACCCCGAUAGACUGGAAAUUUAUCAUGGACCCACUAGAACGAGGAUCGGGCUAAAGUCGCUCUGCCCCAUGAAUAUUCUGACCUUGGCAUCUGUUUUCUUGACAAUUGGUUUGGCUGCUUGGUCGAUUGUCCUCCACGAUGGUGUCGGUUUGCUUGCCAUAAUCACCAUGUCGAUAUCCAGCAGCCUUGCAUGUCUUUCGCAGCAUUCAUAUCCAGAACUCGAGAGGGAAGAGAAAUACAUCAACGAGCAAGAGAAACUUGUUAUCAGGACCCGCAAUGGUGCUGUUAUUGUCGUUCAGUGCACCGAGGAUAUCGCCGAGGAACUGUAUCUCGAGCAAGAACGGUACAGAUAUACCUUGCAGCCAGACGCAACUCUCUUCAAAGUUCUGAUGGGAGCCAGCACCAUUCUACUUAUGGUCUCUGUGCUUCUUUUCAGCAACUGCGGAUGGACAAUGCAGACAGCUGUUGCUGUUACUUACAUCUUGUUGAAUUUGUGUUACUGGGCUGUUCCCGUGUUAUUUGAUGCGCGACUCUUCUGGGAUGUAGCUGCUCUUUAUGAAGUGGAGGUGAAGAACCGGAAGUGUAACCAUAAUAUUACGGUCGCACUCUGGAAUGCAAUUCAGGAAACAGGCCAGGCUGGUUGCGUUCGAAUAGCUCACUUAUUACCUGAUUCGGAAGCAUGGGAUCAUUGGUUGGGGGAGGCGAAGGAGAAUAUCGAAAAUAGAUACUGGGAUCCUGAGAGGGCAAGGGACCGAUUGAUGGCAGCGACAUCGUCACGUCGACUCCCUAAAAGAGAAGUUGUUUGA